AAUAUGGCAUCCUUAGUAAAAAGAGCACAUGAUCCAUAUGAACAUUUAAUUAAGAUCCUUUUGUUAGGUAAUUCAGGAGUAGGAAAGACUUAAAUUCUACUUAGGUAUUCUGAAAAUAAUUUUAGAACCGGAUAUAUGUGUACUAUUGGUAAAUAAAACAAAAUUAUAAAAUUUUAGGAGUAGAUUUCAAAAUUAAGAAAUUAUAGGUGGAUGAUAGAGUAGUUAAAAUGCAAAUUUGGGAUACAGCUGGACAAGAAAAAUAUUAGACUUUAACUCAAAAUUUUUACAAAGGUGCUAUGGGCAUUUUACUUGUUUUUGCUGUCAAUAAUAGAGACUCUCUUAAAGAUAUUGACAAAUGGAUGAACUAAAUUAAAUAACAUGCUAGUGAAAAUAUCAUUAAAAUAUUAAUAGGUAUUCAUCAUCAAUAUAUUAUAUAAUUUAGGAAACAAAAUUGAUCUCCAAGACAGAUCUAUUACAACUGAAGAAGCUUAAUAAUUAGCUACAAAAUAUGGGAUCUAAUAUUUUGAAACUAGUGCUAAAGAUGGUAUUAACGUUAAUGAAGCAUUUUUAUAAAUUGCUAAGUUAAUUUUACAUUAACAUUAAGAUUCAUUAAAUCCUAAUCCUAAAUAACGUCUCACUAAUCAUUAAAAUGAAAUAAAAAUAGAUUCCUCAUGUUGUUGA